AUGAAGUCCUCAAGCUUUUCGCUCUCUCUCUUACUAGUUCUUCUGAAUCUUUCUCUUCUUGUUUCAGCUCAUCGCACUAACCACGACGACUUCCUUAGUUGUCUUUCUCGCAAAAUAAACCAAAACACCUUCCAGUCCAAAACCAUUCACACUUCCAAAGACUCUUCCUUCUCCUCAAUCUUGACUUCUUCCAUACAGAAUCCAAGAUUCUCGGUUCCCGAAACACCUAAACCGAUCUCAAUCAUCACUCCGGUUCAAGCCACUGAGGUUCAAGCCGUGAUCAGAUGCGCGCGUGUGCACGGAGUCCAUGUGAGGACUCGGAGCGGUGGUCACGGCUUCGAAGGUCAAUCUUACAUCGCGUACAACAAACCGUACGUUGUCAUCGACUUAAGGAAUCUUCGGUCUAUCACACUAGACGUUGAUAGCCGUACCGGUUGGGUCCAAACCGGAGCAACUGCUGGAGAACUGUACUACGAGAUUGGGAAAACCACCAAAUCCCUUGCUUUCCCGGCCGGUAUUCACCCAACCGUCGGCGUCGGAGGACAGUUCAGCGGCGGAGGUUACGGUACAUUGCUUAGAAAAUACGGUUUAGCGUCCGAUAACGUGAUCGAUGCACUUGUGGUCGAUGCACGUGGGAGGAUUCUUGACCGACAAGCAAUGGGAGAGGAUUACUUCUGGGCCAUUCGUGGAGGCGGUGGAGCGAGCUUUGGAGUGAUACUAUCAUGGAAGAUUAGACUUGUUGAUGUUCCGUCGACGGUAACGGUCUUUAAAGUGGAGAAAACGUCGGAGAAAGAGGCCGUUCAGGUCAUCAACAAGUGGCAGUAUGUUGCGGAUAAGGUUCCUAAUGAUCUUUUCAUUAGGGCAACGUUGGAGAGAUCAAACCAAAACGCGGUUCACGCUUCAUUCAGCGGACUUUACCUCGGUCCAGUGACCGAUCUAUUGGCCUUGAUGGAAGAGAAGUUUCCAACAUUAGGUCUUGAGGUUCAAGAUUGUACGGAAAUGAGCUGGAUUGAGUCUGUGGUCUGGUUUCUUGAUAACCCUAAAGGAGGAUCUCUUGAUGUUCUUGUGAACCGUGAGCGUUCAUCUUUAUCUUUCAAGGGUAAAGAUGAUUUUGUUCAAGAGCCGAUGCCCGAUGCAGCGAUUAGAGAGCUAUGGAGGCGACUAGAAGCGCCCGAGGCUCGUCUUGCAAAGAUCGUAUUGACUCCAUUUGGUGGGAAGAUGAGUGAGAUCGCUGAGCACGAAACACCAUUCCCUCAUAGAGAAGGGAAUCUUUAUGAGAUUCAGUAUUUGGCUUACUGGAGAGAGGAAGAAGACAAGAACAAGAAGGAGACAGAGAAGUAUCUCAAAUGGGUGGAGAGUGUUUACGAUCUUAUGACUCCUUAUGUUUCGAAAUCUCCAAGAGGAGCUUAUGUCAACUACGUGGAUCUUGAUUUGGGGAUGUAUCUUGGAAAGGAGAAGACCAAGUACGAGGAAGGAAAGAGCUGGGGAGUGAAGUACUUCAAGAACAACUUUGAGAGGUUGGUGAGAGUGAAAUCGAGUGUUGAUCCAACAGAUUUCUUCUGCGAUGAACAGAGCAUUCCACUGAUGAACUCCGUCGAGGAUAUGUGA